AUGCUCUCAAUUCGGCCAAUAACUUCAGGCAAAGUUUUUGCCGUCGGUCGCUUUGACUAUGGUCGCUUGGGGAUAGGUCCCAUUCCUCCGAAUGAUGGCAUUUGCAACGCAUCGUCAUGUUGCAUUCCACAGCCAGUGCUGGGUCCACUGUCCGACCGACGCUGUAUAACCAUCGGGUGUGGUGAGGCCGUCUCUUUUGCAGUGAGUGAGGACGGGCUUGCACAUUCAUGGGGCAUGGGUAGCAGCCAGCAGCUGGGUCACGGAGAUGAUGAUGGUGAUUGCUACGAGCCAACCGAGAUGAUCGGUAAAAAUUUGGAAAAUAGACGUAUCAUUAUGGUUGAUGCAGGGGGCCAGCACUGCGUCCUUUUAGCUAGCAGGCCAUCUGUGACAGAAGGCGCGACAGGAAAUCUUUCUGGUCCAAAUGAUGUCUCAACUUCAUUUCAAAACUCAUCUCGAUGUUCUCCACCUAGAUCAGCUGCACAUAAACCUUCGGCCACCGACUCUGCUGCUGCCACUGGCCCGACCUCUUUCUCCACUCACACUAAUGCUACAACUCAUUCGGAUCAGGAGAAUGGAGAAGAUAGAAUGGAGCUUGACCAUCCAAUCGACUCACUUGCUCAGCUAGGUGUUCCUAUCAUUGUAAUUGAUGGGAAAAGUGUCACACGCUACCAGUGUAACUUUCAGGAAGAAACUUGCCAUCAUCACUCAUAUCCUUCUCAAGCUACCGGUCUUCCUUGCGAAACCAUUGAAGACAAGGAAUUGCCUCGUUCUCAAAAGCAGGCGGUCUCAGAGCCUGUCGCACUAGAGGGGGAAAUGGGUGUGUAUAUCUCCACAUAUGCUUGCAUUUUAGCUUCCUGCCAACCUGAUUUUUUUAAUUAA